UAUAACUGUAUUACAUUAAGAAAACGUAUAUAGGCCUAAAUAGUACAUUUGCUUUAACAUGACUUGUAUGACCAGGUAGAUGAACAACCACCACCAUUAGUCUACUAAUCACACUUUAAGCUCAUUUUCAUGGAGCCUAGUUGGCUACAUCACGUUCCGAGAUGCAGUCUCGUGCGCAACUCAAUAGAUCAGAUCAAAGGGGACACGUGAACCAGUGGCUUUGCUAGAAUAACUCAAGGGACAAAUAGUCAAUCGGAGUGGGUGAGUAUUUAUAGUCUUGUGCAUUAAUGAGGCUCCGUCUCUGGGCUCUCUGACUCAAAGCGCGCGGAGAAUGGGCGCCUCACAGCUCUGGGUACGGUUGGAGUGCAUAAAAACAGACCGGACAACUUUUACCUUACAACCGACAGAUUCCGCGAUGGCACCUCGUGCAUUCUGCGUUGGAAAAGCCUAACAGGUCUCUCACCCAGCCCCUCUCCCAUGUCACCGAGACGUCUCCAUGGCGAUGUUUAGCGUCUCUGAACAAUUCUUCUGGAAUGACUCGGAAGGGCUUCGGGAAGACCUCCUCCAUGGGAAUUCCUCUGGUGGUUGGGAGGUGGAUACGGAGCAUAACUACUACGCCAUGCUGUACUCCCUACUCAUCCUGGCCAUCGUGUUUGGCAACGUGCUGGUGUGUCUGGCUGUGGUGCGGGAGAGGUCCCUCCAGACCACCACCAACUACCUGGUGGUGAGCCUGGCUGUAGCUGACCUGCUGGUGGCCUCGCUGGUCAUGCCCUGGGCUGUCUACCUGGAGGUGGUCGGAGGGGCGUGGCUCUUCAGCAGGAUGUACUGUAACGUCUUUGUCACCCUGGACGUCAUGAUGUGUACCGCCAGCAUUCUCAACCUGUGUGCCAUCAGUAUCGACAGGUACACAGCGGUGGUGAUGCCUGUCCUCUACAACACCACACACAGCUCCAGGAAGCGGGUCUCGGCCAUGAUCGCGACAGUGUGGAUCCUGGCCUUCGCUGUCUCCUGCCCCCUUCUGUUCGGAUUCAACACAUCAGGUGAGACACACGACCCGACGGUGUGCUCCAUCUCCAACCCUGACUUUGUCAUCUACUCGUCGGUGGUGUCCUUCUACUUGCCCUUCAUCGUCACCCUGCUGGUGUACAUCCGCAUCUACGUCUUCCUCAGGAAGAGGAGGAAGAGGAUCGCCUUCCGCCAGGCCAGCAGCGGGAAGGUCCAGCCAGGUUCGGCCCAGCCCUCCGCGGUGAGAACACAGCCAUAUGGUCCCACAGUGACUGUGCAAAUGAACAUGGAAGAGAAGUGUCUGCAGGAGGAGUCCCCCAAGGAGAACAGAGACCUGUCCCCCAUCAGGAUCAAAGUGGAGUGUAUAGAGCCGGCAGGGCCCCCUAAAGCUCACCUCCUGUCAGGGUGUCUGCGGCGUAAGCGUCCCCGGAUGGCCCCUGUGGAGAACACUCUGCUGCCCCCGGUGGACAUCCAGGACUACUGCAGCAUCAGCCACGCCUCCUGCUGCCACACUGAGCACGACUGCGCCGAGGAAGAGGUGGCCAAAGAGAAAGAGACUAUUCCUGUGCAGAGGAGCUGCGAGGUCAAGGAGCUGUCCAAUGGACGCAUUCACACGGUACUCCGUCCCGCCCCCCACUCCCAGUCCCUGACCAGCCAACAACAACAUCGAGUCAGGAGCAUGCAGAACAGGGAGAAGAAGGCUACGCAGAUGCUGGCCAUUGUGCUUGCGGUGUUCCUGAUCUGCUGGCUGCCGUUCUUCGUGACCCACAUCCUGAACACCCACUGCAGGACGUGUCGUAUUCCCCCGGAGCUCUACAGCGCCUUCACCUGGCUGGGCUACGUCAACAGUGCCCUCAACCCCGUCAUAUACACCACCUUCAACAUCGAAUUCAGACGCGCCUUCAUCAAGAUCCUCAGCUGUUGAGAACACCAUGGUCCACCAUGACCGGGUCAUAGCCAUGCUCCUGACCUGUACUGGACUGGACCUUGGGCCCGGCAUACCUGAGUAUGGAUAAGAUACAUGAGCCAUGGCCUCAGCCUGAGUACCAAUUAUCAGGGCAAUGACUGUCCUUUAUCGAGAUCAUUGUCAGGCCAGGGUUCUGAGCUGUACUGGACCUCAGGCCAGCCACACCUGAGCAUGGAUACAUGAGCCAUGACCGUCCAUCUUCAGGGUCAAUGACUCGUCUUCAUUGAAACCAUCUCCUGCCGAGAGGAUAGGUCCAUAAAGACCAUGUCUGACCAUUCUCUUCCACUGGACCUCUCAGCACACUGGUCCUCCCAGCACACUGGACCUCCCAGCACACUGGUCCUCUCAGCACACUGGUCCUCUCAGCACACUGGUCCUCUCAGCACACUGGUCCUCUCAGCACUCUGGACCUCUCAGCACUCUGGACCUCUCAGCACACUGGUCCUCCCAGCACACUGGUCCUCCCAGCACACUGGUCCUCUCAGCACAGUGGACCUCCCAGCACACUGGUCCUCUCAGAACACUGGACCUCUCAGCACACUGGACCUCUCAACACACGGGAGCACAUCUGAGCAAGGACUCUCUGGCUGCCUCCUGACGGUACCUCAGGCCCAGCACACCUGAGCUGAACUACAAGUACUACAUCUGGCUUGGCUUCCAGUUGGCUGGGAAAGGACCUCCUUCACCUGUGUUAUACUGCACACAGGGGGCAGGAGACAUGAAGGGAGGGGAUGGGAGCGAAAUUCAAACCAUAAAAAUGACGCUACAAUACUGAUGAUUCAGAGAUGGAAAAAAUACUUUUAAAAUUUGGACAAAUGAUGAAAAGGAAAUAAAAAUAAGUGUUCUGCACAUCUAUAUGGCACAGGAGCUGGACACAAUGUACAGCCAUCAAAAAGAACCUGAAUGUCCUCUUACGGUUUGUUCUUGCCUAAUGCGAUCUUUGUUUCAAGAAACAAGGGAUUAUACUCUGUCCUGGGUUUGGUGUUUUAGACAUUUGUUGGAUCAAAUAUAACGCUAGUUUAACUUCUAUGGGCUAGGUGGGACGCUAGCCCAUAGACGCUAGUCCCACCUGCGCUAGUCCCACCUGCGGGACACAGCCAGUGAAAUAUCAGGGCGGCAAAUUCAAAAACAACAAAAUGUCAUAAUUCAACUUUCAAACAUACAACUAUUUUACACCAUUUUAAAUAUACACUUCUACUUGAUGUAACCACAUUGUCCGAUUUCAAAAAGGCUUUACAGCGAAAGCAAAACAUUAGAUUAUGUUAGGAGAGAACAUAGACAAAAAUAAUCACACAGCCAUUUUCCAAGCAAGGACAUGUGUCAA